ACGGAGGCAGAAGCCCCUCCGCAGACGCACAGGUGAAGAAGAUGAUGUCCUCCUCGCGCCUCCUCCUGCUGCUCCUCUCCCUCAGCGCCUCCUUCAGCUGCUCCUCCGCCGCGCAGAGAGACUCCAAACUCCGCCUGCUGCUGCACCGGACCCCCCUGCUGGGCUCCAAGCAGGACAUGUCUCGCUCCUCCCUGGCCGAGCUGCUCCUCUCAGACCUCCUGCAGAUGGAGAACGAGGCUCUGGAGGAGGACGGGUUCCCCCUGAGCGAGGGCGAGCCCGAAGACAUCCGGGUCGACCUGGAGCGCGCCGCCGCCAGCGGCCCGCUGCUCGCCCCCCGGGACAGAAAGGCGGGCUGCAAGAACUUCUUCUGGAAGACCUUCACGUCCUGCUGAGGGCCGGCCUUCGCGGAAGCUCCUCCCCCUGCAGACGUCCCAUUAGUUUUAGAUUUUUCUGGUUUGAUCUGAACUUGAAACUAUUUUUAAUUCUUGGUUUGAAUAAAAAUCUGUUUGAGACAAA